CAGACGGCGGCACGCACGGCAGUUUCUUGCUCGCUUAGCCCAGACAUCCUUUCAUUUUCCCGUCCCUCAUUGCUUAUUUGCCCAGGUUCCGUCAGAUACGGACACUUUCGUAUGUUUGUAGGGAGCUUGUUGGUGACUUUGGUCAGCGGCCAGCCCGCCCAAGGCGUCGUUCAGGCAUGCAAGAUCGGUCCACCGCACCACCUUGAACCAGCCCUUCAUCUCGUUGGCCCAGUUCACCCUGGGCUCUGCUCCAUGUAUAUUGCCCGUCUUCGUCCUCCCAUCACCUCCAAGGGCAUGUCCCAGUCAUCGAGCUUGAAUUCCGCCAAUCAAGGUCAAGGGCACCUUGUUGCUCAGGGCCAGUCGAGCUCCUCCGACCUGGUACAGUUAUUUACUAUUGUGUAGUGUUCUCCGUGAUGGAGUUCGGAUGGCGAGAUCUCGGUUCCUUGCAGAGGUGGCACUCGGCUCCCGGUUCCCGUCCGACUUUAAAGUUUCUUUUAUAUUCUUCGAGCA